CCUCAUCUUCAUCAGCGGUGGAGGAGGAAGACACGCUCGUCUUCUUCAGCGUGGUCCGCACUGCAGAGGGAUGAGGAAGGUGAGGAGCAGUGAGGAAGAGGAGCGGGCGUGAGCGUGGGCACGUGAGCAUGAAGGAUCCAGAAGUGCCAUCAAGAUCUGCCAAGGAUGUGGCCUGGUCCUGGUCCUGGUCCUGCAGGUGAAGUCGUGGACCACAAGACUCCCAUCUGGACCUGGUCCUGGUCCUGCAGGUGAAGUCGUGGACCACAAGACUCCCAUCUGGACCUGGUCCUGGUCCUGCAGGUGAAGUCGUGGACCACAAGACUCCCAUCUGGACCUGGUCCUGGUCCUGCAGGGAAGUCGUGGACCACAAGACUCCCAUCUGGUCCUGGUCCUGGUCCUGCAGGUGAAGUCGUGGACUACAAGACUCCCAUCUCUCCUCCUCAUCUCUCCUGGGCGGCCAUGCCUGAAGACCACUUCCCAGCUGCUAGCGUGUCCAGCUGAAGGUGUGGCAGGUCUAGACUUGGACCAUGCCAGCUGCUCCUCAGCUCAGGUUCUCCUCUCCUCUGGUCCUCAGCCAGGUGUGACCCCGCAUGGAUUUCAGGGAGAGGAUAGCGCUGACCCUCUGAUUGGACACCUCUUUCUGGGAGCGAGUAGAUUUUGUCCUCUUGUCCUCCAUCAUGGCUCUGAGGACCUCCUGACUCCGGCAGCUGAUGGUCCACCACUGCGUCCCGCCUUCUGAUGGGCGUCAGCGAGCGCGGGAUCCAUCUUGAGCUCCACAGCAGAACUUGAAGAAGAAGUCCUCUCCCCCCCACUUUGUGCCGGUGGGGGGGAGGGUGGAGGUUAGGUGGUAGUUGUGUAGUGGUGUAGAUGUCCUCAGGGUGUGGACUACAAGGCAUCUCUGUCUGACUUUUUUUCUUUUUAGCCUGAGCUAAGUUAGCAUUAGCCAUGGAUGCUAAUCAGGGCAGCCCUGAAAGCCCCAACCGGGCAGUGGAGUACCUCCUGGAACUCAACAACAUCAUCGAAAGCCAGCAGAAGCUUCUGGAAACGCAGCGGCGGCGGAUCGAUGAGCUGGAGGUCCAGCUGGACCGGCUCAGCCAAGAGAACAAGGACUUGCGCUUGGACCGCCAAGCCGCCGCGCCCCCUCCGGAACCCCCUCUGCCACCCCCUCCGCCGCCGCCGCCUCCGGCCCCGUUCUCCUUGGCCCCCGCCAAGAACCACCACCACAACAGCCAAGUCCCGCCCAAGCCGCCGUCCUCCAUCCCGCUCUACCACAGCCACCACCACGGCGCCUACAACAGCACCAACGACGCCGCCAUACCCACGCAGAUUGCUCCGCCGCCUCCCCCCAACCCUGCCCGGGGACACAGCCGCCUGCGGCGAGUGCCAUCCACCAGCACCGGAACUAACACCAACUUCGUGGAGAAGGAGAAGGAGCGGCUGGAGCGCCUGCACAAAAGCAACUCCGCCAACAACCACCACGCGCACACCCUCCACCUCCACAAGACCGUGGAAGCUGAUCCGAGGUGUCCGGAGUCGCUCCCAUUUCCUGACUCGUCAUACGGCCCCCCGCCUGCCUUCCAUCCCUUUGGCCCCUGUGAGCCCUACACCACCUCCGGCAGGCCCCUGGGAGCCCCCCACACGCAGGACUCCUCCCCCCCCAGCCCAGCCAGCCUGCUCUGGGCUCAGAGGAGUCGCCUACAGCCGGCCAGCCUGGCUCUACGCAAGCAGGAGGAGGAGGACAGCAAACGCUGCAAGGCCCUCCAUGACAGCUAUGAGCUCUCUGCUGACCUCCAGGACAAGAAGGUGGAGAUGCUGGAGAGGAAGUAUGGAGGGCAGUUUGUGUCCAGGAGGGCAGCUAAGAUCAUCCAGACGGCCUUCAGACAAUAUCGCAUCAACAAGAACUUCCAGAGGCUGAGGAGUUCUGCCUCUGAGAGCAGGAUGACUCCACGCAUCAUCUUGUCCAACAUGAGGAUGCAGUACUCUUUUGAUGAGCGUCAACCGCAGGGUCAAGGGUCAGCAGGUCAGCAGGGGUCAGAGGACAUGGACGACUCCUUCACCAAACAGGUGACCUCGCUGGCAGACUCCAUGGACGACUCUCUCACCUGCCAAUCAGGUCGUGAGGACUCCCAGGAGGCGGGGGGGGAGGGUGAGGAGGACGAGGAGGAGGAAGAGGAGGAGGAGGAAGAGGAGGAGGAGGAAGAGGAGGAGGAAGACUACAGAGAGUGCACCUGGCGUGGAAGCUCCGCCUCCUCCUCGCGCCGCCACGUGGUGGGCCAGGCGGGCAGCAUGCACGAGGACAGCACAGCCACCUCCUUCAGUGACGUCACGCUCUACAUGGACGAUGGCUGCCUCCCCUCCUCGCCCCUCUCACGACCCCCCUCCUCACCCCUCUCCUGCCCCGCCUCCAGCUCCGACGCCGAGUACUGGGGCGGCGGAGGCGGCAGGGAGGACAGCCGAGAGAUGGAGCGAGGGAGCGACGCCGGCCGCAGGAGCAGUCGGGGGGAGUACCGGGGCAGGGCCGGGGGAGGCGGGGGAGGAGGGCACCUUCCUGUCUUGACCAUAGAGCCGCCCAGCGACAGCUCGGUGGACAUGAGUGACAGGUCCGAGCGAGGCUCCAUCGGCCGGCUGGUGUACGAGCAGGAGCCGCCAGGGGUGGAGCAUGGAGACCAGAGGGAGCAGCGGGGAGGCGACGGCGAGAGCGGGGAGGAGGAGCCAGGAGGGGGCGGGGCAGGAAGCAGCGAGGCCGAGUCGCCGCAGGGAACCAUCAAACACAAACCCAACGGCCGCUCGGUGGUGACGGCGCAGGGACAAACGCGGUGCUCCGCCUCCCCUGCUGUGCCCCUCCCCUCAGCCCGCACCCUGCCCCCCCAGGGGCUGCCUCAUCCACUCCAGCACGUCCACCCCCACCCGUCGCCCCUGCCCCACCUGCCCACCGUCCUCCACCACCACCCGCAGUACAAUCACAUGAUGCACCACGGGCACGCCUACCUGCCGCACUUCCCCCAGCACCACUACCACCACCUCCACCACCACCACGCUUACCCGGAACCCCCCUCCUCACCGCUGCCCUCGCCCGUGCCCCCUCUGACGCCGCUUUCCCCGCUGCCGCUGUCCUCCGCCAACAUGGACGCCCAUCCGCACCUGCACCACCCGCACCUGCACCACCACCUGCACCACCACCUGCUGUGCUCCGACGGCGACAACGAGAGCGUCAACUCCACCACCACCAACUCUAACGACGACACCACCGUCAACAACGGCAGCUCGGGCUCGUCGUCACGGGACAGCCUGCGUGAACCCAUGGGUGUGGCCUCGCUGGGCAAGCAGACCUACCAGCGCGAGAGUCGCCACAGCUGGGACUCGCCCGCCUUCAACAACGAUGUGGUGCAGCGGCGCCACUACCGCAUCGGACUCAACCUCUUUAACAAGAAGCCAGAGAAGGGCAUCCAGUACCUGAUCGAGAGAGGCUUCGUGUCGGACACACCUGUGGGCAUCGCCAGGUUCAUCCUGGAGAGGAAAGGUCUGAGUCGUCAGAUGAUCGGCGAGUUCCUGGGCAGCCGGCAGCAGUUCAACAAGGACGUGCUGGACUGCGUUCUGGACGAGAUGGACUUCUCCGGCAUGGACCUGGACGACGCCCUGAGGAAGUUCCAGGCUCAGAUCAAAGUGCAGGGAGAAGCUCAGCGGGUGGAGCGGCUGGUGGAGGCUUUCAGCCAGCGCUACUGCGUGUGCAACCCGGUGCUGAUCCGCCAGUUCCAGAAUCCAGACACCAUCUUCAUCCUGGCCUUCGCCAUCAUCCUCCUCAACACAGACAUGUACAGCCCCAACGUCAAGCCCGAGAGGAAGAUGAAGCUGGACGACUUCAUCAAGAACCUGCGAGGGGUGGACAACGGUCAGGACAUUCCACGAGAGCUCCUGGUCAACAUCUAUGGCCGCAUCCAGAAGUGGGAGCUGAGGACCAAUGAUGAUCACGUCUCUCAGGUGCAGGCCGUGGACAGGAUGGUGGUCGGCAAGAAGCCAGUUCUGUCGCUGCCCCACCGGCGGCUGGUGUGCUGCUGUCAGCUGUUCGAGGUGCCUGAUCCCAACCGAGCUCAGAGAAGUGGCGUCCAUCAAAGAGAAGUCUUCCUGUUCAACGACCUUCUCAUGGUAACCAAGAUCUUCCAGAAGAAGAAGGCCUCUGUCACCUACAGCUUCCGACAAUCAUUCCCACUGGUGGACAUGCAGGUGCACACCUUCCAGAACACCUACUACCCUCACGCCAUCAGGCUGACGUCGGCCAAUCCGGGCGGGGAAAGGAAGGUUCUCAUCGUGUUCACGGCGCCGAGCCAGCAGGACCGCGCUCGCUUCACCUCUGACCUCCGAGAGAGCGUGGCCGAGGUGCAGGACAUGGAGAAGUACCGUCUGGAAGCCGAGCUGGAGAAGCAGAAAGGUGUGAUGCGGCCCGCCCCGCUGACGGGGGGCGGAGCCAUGCCGGGGGGCGGGCCCGGGGCGGAGGCGGUGAACGGCACCCUGGGCAGGCCCAGCCUGGAUGACACGUACGCCUCGGUGGACGGACUCAAACGCACGGCGCUCAGCUCCUCCCUCAGGGACCUCUCGGAGACAGGAAAGCGAGGUCGCAGGAACAGUGUGGGCUCCCUGGACAGCACCAUGGAGGGUUCCAUCAUCAGCAGCCCCCGGCAGCACCAGCAGUACCACCCUGGGGGCGUCCUGGCCUACAGCCCCAUGAUGGCGCCCCCGUCCCCGGCAGCCUACCGGCCGCACCGCCCUACUCAGAGCCCCGGUACGGGGGUGGGUGGUGGGCCGGGGCUCUGUCACAACCAGGGAUCGUUGAGCAUCUCCCCGCUCGUAAGCGGGGGCGUGGCUGGGGGCGGCGGCGGGAUGGCGAUGGUUGCCGGGCCGAGUGGCGGCGGCGGCCGGCUGGGGAACUUUUUCGGCAGCCGACGAGGGAAAGUUCCUGGUCCCCUGACGAUGACUUCGCCGACGCCACAGAGUCCCCUGAGUCCCCUGAUGAUAUCCUCCCCGCCCCACUACCCUGCUCCCGAGCCGCCCAUCGCCCACCCUUCCUCCCCUUCCCCAUGCCCCUCCCCAUCGGGCAACCUCGGCCAGUCGGACCCGGGAGGCCCGGGCGGGGCGCCGUCCAAGCUCCAGGCUUUGCACGCCCAGUAUUGCCACGGCAACAGUGGAGGAGGCGGAGUCAGUGGGCAUCAGCCGCAGCAGACUCCUCCCCCGCCUUACAACCAUCAUCACCGCUACCACAUGCAGAGCGUCCCCCAGCACCACCCCCUUAUGCAGCGGGUGUCGGUCCCGCGGCGCCAGGGCCCGUCCAGCUGCGCCGUGUCCCACAUGCAGCAGCGGGUCCAGCACGGCGCCGCCCAGCACCAACGCUACAGCGCAGUCUCUGGUUUCAUCACACCCCCGCCACUGUCCCCGCACUCGCCUCUUACCCCACACGGACUUUACCACUCCCAUCCCCGCGGCGGCGCCAAGUUGCCGCUCACCAUCUCGCACUCACAGCCCCACCCCCACGCUCACUCUCACAACCACUCCCCGCUCAGCUUGUCUCCCACCGCCACCCCGUCCACUCACUUCAUCUUUUCCGCGCCUCCGCCGCAGACCCCGUCGGCGCGCCUCGUCACCCAGACGCCGUCGCAGCCCUACGGCCCCCAGUACCCGCAGCUCUCCUCCAUCCCGCCCCCGCCGCCGCACUCCCCGCUACCGCCGCCGUCUGCUGCGCCGCUCUCCCCGCACCCAGGGGCGGCGGGCGGCCCGGGGCCCAAGUCGAAACCGGUCAGUCGGAUCAGCACAGUCGUGUGAGGAGCCUGAGGGCGAGGGUGGCGAGCGACCAUCGUGGGGCAGCGCUGAGAGGAAGCCGGCGGAGGAGGAGGAGAGCGGGCGGGCAAGUGCAGACGUAUCAAAAUGGCCGCCUGGUGAGACGGCGAGCGCUUAAAGCGGGGAAGAGGAAGUUACUUAGCCUGUGUUAUUUCCACCUCCACUGCCCCCGCGGUUAGCGCCGCCUUCUUUCAACUUACUGCAAACUGGACUGGUCCCUUGAGCGGCCAGCGGGGGGCGUUGUGCUUAGUUUGUGUCCUUGAUUGACAGCCAUGCAUGUCUUGCGCAAUAGCUACUGAGUGUCCACGCUUAUGCAGGGAAUAGGGGGGCGGAGUUGGUGACCCCAUAGCCCCGCCCCCAAAGUCAGUCAAGUUCUUUUGUAACUUUGAAAAGCCAUCAAACUAAAAGUCUUUUUGUUUUUUUACCUCCGUGCUUUGUGGAGUUGUUGUGUUGGCUCACAGGGUUGGUAGAUCACUUAUAUGAAGAAAUAUAAAUAUAUAUUAACCUAAACCCCGCCCACUUGGAACAUUCAUAGUGUGUUCUAUUUUCUACGUGUUGCCAAGGGAGGAGAUUAGCGUGCUACAAGGUGCCAAACAGGGUGCAUUCUGGGAAACAGAGUCUCUUUUUGUUCCAGACAAAUAAUCAUAACAAUCCUGGUUUUAAUGGUUUCAAACAGGUUUAAUGGUUUCAAACAGGUUUAAUGGUUUCAAACAGGGGUCCCAAACUACGGCUCCAGACCACCAGUGUCCCAAGUUUAGUUUUGAUGUUGUAUAAUCUGUCCUGUCAGCCAUCAAACCAUCUUGUUGACGUACAAACCUCAACACCUGUGAAGUUGUCACUUUGUGUAAAUGCUAAAUAACAACUAAUCCUUUUCCACUUACAUUCAAUUGAAUAGACAACAUAUUUCAUGUUCACACUGAGAAACUUUCUUCUUUAUUGCAAAUAAUCAUGAACUCAGAAUUGAAUGGCAACAUGUUUCAAGUGGCAAAAAAGAGUGCUAAAGUUGAGGAAUGCUCAUCAAAGACUUAUUUGGAACAUCCCACAGGUGAGCAGGCUAAUUGGGAACAGGUGGGUGCCAUGAUUGGGUAUAAAAGUAGAUUCCAUGAAAUGCUCAGUCGUUCACAAACAAGGACGGGGUGAGGGUCACCACUUUGUCAACAAAUGCCUGAGCAAAUUGUUGAAGAACAACAUUUCUCAACAAGGAAUUGAGGUAUUUCACCAUCUACACUCCUGUGGUGGAAAUGUCCGAAUCUUAAACAGGAACAAAAGAGAAUUUGUUACAAGAGAUUGAUUUCAUCAUAAUCAGAUGGUACAAGGUUGGAUUGGGUUGCCAUGAUUACAGACAACGUUCCUGGAGACGUUGGGUGAUGCGCUCUCGUGAACGAGCGCACACACAAGACUUGGUCCAACGUGGUUAGUUAUGCGCUCCCUGAUGGUCAGAGUCCAGCAUAACAAACAUCUUAUGUAACAUGUACAAUGUCAUAACAACAACCAGGAGAACGUGUACAUUGUCAGGGUGACCCGCCCAGCCAUGUCCUCCCUUGGUUCAUUCCGACCUCGCUCUCUUUCUGGACUUUGACAGACAAUGUCUACAUGCCUGGCAAUCUUCUCCUUCCAGCUGACACAUUGCAUCUCUUCCAAGGAGAUUCACAGUAAAAGGUCAGAAAUGCAUCUACACUCCGUAAUAUCAUCAAAAGGUUCAGAGAAUCUGGAGAAAUCACUGCACGUAAGCCAUGAUAUUACACACCUUGGAUGCCUCAGGAACACUUCAGAAAACCACUGUCAUUAACUACAGUUGGUCGCUACAUCUGUAAGUGCAAGCUAAAACUCUACUAUGCAAAGCCAAAGCCAUUUAUCAACAACACCCAGAAACGCUUCGCUGGGCCUGAGCUCAUCUAAGAGGGACUGAUGCCAAGUGGAAAAGUGUUCUGUGGUCUGACGAGUCCACAUUUCUAAUUGUUUUUGGAAACUGUGGACCAAAGAGGAAAAGAACCAUCCGGACUGUUCUAGGGUGAAAGUGUAAAAGGCGGCAUGUGUGAUGGUAUGGGGGUGUAUUAGUGGUCAAGACAUGUUCUAGGGUGAAAGUGUAGAAGGCAGCAUGUGUGAUGGUAUGGGGGUGUAUUAGUGGUCAAGACAUGUUCUAGGGUGAAAGUGUAAAAGGCAGCAUGUGUGAUGGUAUGGGGGUGUAUUAGUGGUCAAGACAUGUUCUAGGGUGAAAGUGUAAAAGGCAGCAUGUGUGAUGGUAUGGGGGUGUAUUAGUGGUCAAGACAUGUUCUAGGGUGAAAGUGUAGAAGGCAGCAUGUGUGAUGGUAUGGGGGUGUAUUAGUGGUCAAGACAUGGGUAACUUACACACCUGUGAAGGCACCAUUAAUGCUGAAAGGUACAUACAACAUAUGUUGUUAUCAUGGACGCCCCUGCUUAUUUCAAUAAGACAAUGCCAAUUACAACAGCGUAACUAUGUAGUAAAAGAGUGCGGGUACUAGACUGGCCUGCCUGUAGUCCAGACAUUGAAAAUGUGUGGCAGCUAAAAUAUGAGAAGGGAGACUGUUGAACAACUUAAGCUGUACAUCAAGCAAGAAUGGGAAAGAAUUCCACUUGAAAAAUGUGUCUCCUCACUUCCCAAACCUUUACUGAGUGUUGUUCAAAGGAAAGGCCAUGUAACACAGUGGUAAAAAUGCCUUUUUUGACAUGUGUUGCUGCCAUCUAAUUCUAACUUCAUGAUUAUUUGCAAAAAAGAAGAAAGUUUCUCAGUGUGAACAUGAAAUAUCUUGUCUUUGCAGUCUAUUCAAUUGAAUAUAAGUUGAAAAUGAUUCUCUUUUUAUUUACCAUUUAUUUACCAUUUAUUUACCAUUAUAUAUACAUAUAUGUAUAUAUACAAUUAAUCAAUACAAAUAUAUAUAUACAUCCACAUACAUACAUACAUAUAUACGUAUAUAUAUAUAUAUGUAUGUAUGUAUGUAUAUACGUAUGUAUAAUUGUAUUAUUUUGACCUAAUGUGGCCCCGAGUCUAGAAGUUUGAGGACCCCUGAUGUCACAUAAGUCAGCACCAAGGACAAAUAACAGUUGGGAGCGUCAUUGUCUGUGAACACACAGUAGGGGGUAGUGUUGCUUGUGUUGGCAGAAAGUUCAGUGAUGCUAAGAGUGGAUGUAAACAAGGUGCCUUGUGACAGCAAAGACUACUCACAUUCCCUAAUCACUCAAUCACUUGUUCCUUUUUUUCAUUUACUCUGAAAUAUUUGGGCUAAAAAAAAGAACAUGAGAGCUGGACUUAAUAUGGACUAUAUAUUGUUGUUUAUGCACUUUGACCAUGUGUUUCACUGGUGCAUGAUGGGAAAUGAAGCUGUGAAUGCAAAUAUUGAUGUUGUGUACAUAAGAUGUGCUUGUUUUUCUUCCAUGUGGCCAAACUGUCCUUCACACAAGGUGUUAGGUACUGUCCUUCACACUAGGUGUUAGGUACUGUCCUUCACACUAGGUGUUAGGUACUGUCCUUCACACAAGGUGUUAGGUACUGUCCUUCACACCAGGUGUUAGGUACUGUCCUUCACACAAGGUGUUAGGUACUGUCCUUCACACCAGGUGUUAGGUACUGUCCUUCACACCAGGUGUUAGGUACUGUCCUUCACACCAGGUGUUAGGUACUGUCCUUCACACCAGGUGUUAGGUACUGUCCUUCACACAAGGUGUUAGGUACUGUCCUUCACACCAGGUGUUAGGUACUGUCCUUCACACCAGGUGUUAGGUACUGUCCUUCACACCAGGUGUUAGGUACUGUCCUUCACACCAGGUGUUAGGUGAGGACGGCGUGCCUCUUAAGUCCAUCACUCUUUGCAACACAAGACUUGUUGUAGAAUAAUGUUGAUAUUCUCCAAAACAAGGACAAUAUUUCUUUGUUUUCUACUUUCCUUGUGUCCUAGCAUGUAAGUCAACAUGCUGACUGAGCACCAGUCACUUGUAUGCACGUCUUAUGUGCUUGAAAUGAUGACAUCACUCCCAGUACUUCCCACAUGGACCUAAAUGGGCUGCCGAGUCGUCAUCACGUGAGACGUGAACAAGCGUUUCUGCGGGGGGGAGUCAACGUAUUUACACAGGAAGUUACGCAAUGUCAGCUGACUUUCAUCUAAUUUGAUCAAUCAUUUCAUAUAUUAUAAACAUAGUACUGUCCAAUUAUUAUUUGUUUUUAUUAUUCUAUGAUUUAAAUUAACUUGAAAAAAAAGAGACCCCAAUAUUUUGACACAAAAAGCAAAUUUAUCCUCAGAAUUUCAUGAACUUUUCUUUUUUACUUCAAUGUCCGUCAUUUAUUUGCUCAAAACCUGGUUGAAGUGUUAUCUAAAGACCUGUGGAGCUUUAUUUUGAAGGGAAAUGUGGCCAUACCGCUCAUUUUCUUCCCUCAUCCGAUACCAAGUAAAAUUCAGGUUGGUAUCGAUGAUACCAGUCCGAUACUUUGUGCGUAUAAACGUGUCUAAAAGUUGUGUAUUUUCAAAUAAUAACAUGUCUAUCUAAAAUGUAAAAAAAAAAAGAGCAAUACAUGGGAAUGAGAAAAAGCUGGACAUUUAAAUGAUGAAUGAAUAAUAAUACACUUAGUCAAAGGUGUGUCUUUAGAAGUAUAUGAUCAUUUUGUAGUAUUUCUUUUUGUAUUAAGAAAUAUCACAAAGGCCCCCAGACUGAUUGACCUUCUGUGGAAAAACAACCCUAAUCAAAAUCAGAAGCUCUCCAAAUUAAAAUAUACUUAAAUAUAAACAAAGUUUAGUCAGUUAAUUAAAACAUAAAUAACACUAAAUUAUAAAUUGAUUUAAAUCAUAACCAACACUGAUGAUUGUGUAACUGAACAUUUUAGAACAGGCAGAAUUAUGGACGGACUCCGUUACGCAGUAAACGUUUGGACACUAAAGUAUCAAAAGUAUUGACAGUUUGAUUGGAGGAUCAAUAUUACAGCAUAAAGAUCUGAUAUCGAUAUGUCAGUAUGGAUCGGCACGUCACCGUAUCACUGACCUUGUCACAUAUGAACUGACCUUGUCACAUAUGAACUGACCUUGUUACAUAUGAACUGACCUUGUUACAUAUGAACGCUGCCUUCAGGUUCAUGUCAGGAGCGCAAAAUAAAUCAAUGCCAAACAUCAUUUUUACAAAAUUCUAAAUAAAUGAGUAGAUUAAUCUGUAGGUGUGCAUCAUACACCACAAUGUACACAAACAUGACACCACAAUGUACACAAACAUGGAGGUGUGUAUCAUACACCACAACGUACACAAACGUGGACAAUUGAAGACAAGAGCAAUUGUUGGCAGCAGGAACUAACCACCACAUUUUUCAUUUUGGAACAAAUCUUUUCUAAAUGCUGCUUUAUUUUAUUUUAUCCCUUUUCUUUUUGGAAAAAAAAACCCCGCAGGUGUGAUGAAAUGAAAUGACAAAUGUUGUGUUUGGUUCUGAGCUGGUACGUGUACAAUAGUUCUGAGCUGGUACGUGUACAAUAGUUCUGAGCUGGUACAUGUACAAUAGUUCUGAGCUGGUACGUGUACAAUAGUUCUGAGCUGGUACGUGUACAAUAGUGUUUGUGUCCACACAGAUGAUUUUUACUGUAUAUAAAUAUCAUACUUGUGACCUUGUUUUUGACAUUGGAGAGACAAUGUGGAAAUAUUUAUUGCUCUGAACAUAUAAAACAUCUGUUCAUGUU